AUGUCCGACCUUUUCCACUCUCUUUCACUGUCUCUCCUCCUCUUACCCUUCUUCUUCAUUUCCAUGGCUGCUCAGUUCAAUUAUUCAACUUACCCCAGCUGCCCUUCAUACAACUGCGGGAACAUCAAUAUCAGCUACCCUUUUUGGAGGAUCGGCAGUGAAACCUCCACCCAGUUCUGCGGUUACCCUGGUUUUGGAAUCAAUUGCUCUAACGACGACGUUUCUGCCACCGUCCCGAUCGUCGACUGCCCCAGGGUGCACCAUAACAUUUCAAUCGGAACUUUGCCUUUCCUUUUUACGGAUCAGAAUGUUAACCUACGUGUUCACUUAAAUUGUACCGGAGUUCCGCCUUUUGCACAUGAAAUCCCGUGUCUGAGUUCCGCGACUAGUAAGUCCUGCGUUAAUAAAGUGAACUCCGAGCCAGCGAAUUUCAGUUGGGAUGAGUACUCAUGUGAUGACGAUGCUGUUGUAGCGACGGUGUUGGAUGCACUUGGUCCAGAAAGAUUUCUGGGGAUAGAGUUCAUUGAAGCCUUGAGGGGAGGAUUCGAGCUAGCAUGGGAGAGAAUGGGGAAUUGCAAAAAGUGUGAAACUUCCUUUGGGCGGUGCGGUUACAAUAGCAAUACGACGGAGUUCAUGUGUUUUUGCUCCGGCGGCACGACUACUUUGGGUCAUUGCGAAGGUACGUUUAUUAAGACUACUAUCUUCAAGUUAAAUAUCGCAUUUACCCCUGUUUUAGCAAAUUUACAACUAUCGGAAAGUUAA